AUGCCGGUGUUCGUCAAGAAAAGUGGUCUAAUUCAAGAAUUCAGCAAGGAGCUUGUGACUCCAGAACAUGAUGUCCAUGGCCAAAAAGUGAGCAGUUUUACUAUGAGGAGUGUGACCGUCUUCACCCUCCAUUUGACAGUCACAGUUCUCCUGUGUCUCUACGGGGACGUGAGCUGCCUGGAGGUGACACCGCGUGACGGCGAACUCGUCCUGGCCGAGGGCUCCUCUCUCACACUCACCUGCUCUGGAUCGGGGACCACUACCUGGGAGUUCAAGAGGGACGAUGUUCCUUAUUUCCAGGUUGAACUAGGCCUUCGUGGUAUGCAGAGCUACCAAAUAGUGCAAAAUGGCGCAAACUCUAGCACUUUGAGCCUGUGGAAUGUAAGCUGGAAACACACCGGCGUGUAUCUGUGCACUGAUCGAUAUAAUGGAGAAAAGAAGGAAGUGAACGUGUUUGUCCCAGAUCCUGAAGUAUGGUUCGUGGAGAGCGCUCAUGGCAUGCUAACCAAGACCAGUGAGCUUACCACCAUCCCCUGUGUGGUCACCAACCCGAAGAUCAAUGUCUCCCUCUAUGAAAAGCACACUGACCUGCCAGUAAAGGGGCUCUACGUUCCGAGUGAGGGCUACACUGCAGCCCUAGAGGAUAGGACGUAUGUUUGUCGCGGGGAAAUGAAUGGAGAAGUGAAAGAAUCUCAGGCUUUCUUCGUCUUUAGUAUUUUCGUCCCAGAGGCCAUUGACGCCUACGUCAACUCAUCAAAGACGGUGCUGAAGCAGGGUGAGCCGCUGACAGUCAACUGUACCGUACAUGGAGCAGAACUAGUCUUUUUUUCUUGGGACGUCCCCAAUGGGGAGGCUGCUGAUGUGGAACCCCUAACAGAUGUCCUGUCAGCAAUGAGCAUGAGAUCCUGCCUCAUCUUUCCUCGUGCCACGCCGGCCCUCAGCGGAAACUAUGUGUGCCAUGUCCACGAGGGGGUCCAGGACCAGACGGCAUCUGCCAGUGUCAACAUCACAGUACUCGAACGAGGCUUUGUGAAAAUACAGCCGGCUGAGGAUAGCCACGUUUCGGCCCGGCUACAGGAGAACGUAGAGCUGAGGGUGGAAGUGGAAGCCUAUCCUGCCCCUCAGGUCAGCUGGAGCAAAGAUGGCACUGACAUCACAGGAGACAAAAUCAUCAUAAACAGACAAGAGCAGGAGAUCAGAUUUGUCAGCAUCCUCAUGUUGGUGCGAGUGAGGCCAGAACAGAAAGGCCUCUACACUGCCCGGGUCACCAAUGGAGAUGACACUAAGGAAGUGACUUUCGACCUGGAAGUCCAAGUUCCCUCUCAGAUUAAAAAUCUGACUGACCACCACCUUCCCGGGAAGCGGCACCUUGUGACCUGUGUAGCUGAGGGAGUCCCGACCCCGACCAUCCAGUGGUACAGCUGCGACAGCAUGCUCAAGUGCAAUAACAAGAGUACAAUAUGGCAACCGCUGGCACCGGAAGCAGACUUGUUGAGCAUCCAGACCAACGUCACUCACAGCAAGAGCCGUAAAACAAGUCAGGUGUGGAGUCAGCUGAUCUUCCACAAGCCGCAGCACGUCACUGUUCGCUGUGAGUCCAGCAACCAGUUGGGGACGGUGGACAGAAGAGAUGUCAAACUGGUGUCCAGCACGCUGUUCUCCCAGGUGGCAGUGUUGGCUGCAGUCCUGGCCUUGGUGGUCAUCAUCAUCCUAUCCAUAAUCAUCCUCAUUGCAGUGUGGAGGAAGAAACCUCGCUAUGAGAUCCGCUGGAAGGUCAUCGAGUCAGUAAGCCAGGACGGUCAUGAGUACAUUUAUGUGGACCCCAUCCAUUUGCCAUAUGACCUCACUUGGGAGAUGCCCAGAGACAACCUGGUGUUGGGCCGUACUCUUGGUUCGGGUGCUUUUGGCAGGGUGGUCGAAGCUACGGCGUAUGGUCUUGCUCAUUCCCAGUCCAGCACAAAAGUGGCCGUGAAAAUGCUGAAAUCAACAGCCAGAAGGAGUGAGACUCAAGCCCUGAUGUCAGAGUUGAAGAUUAUGAGUCACCUGGGUCCUCAUCUCAAUGUUGUCAAUUUACUGGGAGCCUGCACCAAACACGGUCCUCUAUACCUGGUGACUGAGUACUGUCGCUAUGGUGACUUGGUGGACUACCUGCACAGAAACAAACACACCUUCUUACAAUAUUAUGCUGAGAAGAACCAAGAUGACGGCUACUUGAUCUCGAGGGGAAGCAGUCCCCUCAGUCAAAGGAAAGGCUAUGUCUCAUUUGGAAGCGAAAGUGAUGGAGGUUACAUGGACAUGAGCAAAGAUGAGCCCUCCAUCUAUGUCCCAAUGCAAGAACAAAUGGAUUCCAUUAAAUACGCCGACAUUCAGCCAUCUCCGUACGAGUCGACCUAUCAGCAGGACCUCUACCAGGAACAAGUUGACAGCAGACUGGACCUGAUCAUCAGUAACUCGUCCACACUCACCUAUGACGACCUGCUGGGUUUCAGCUACCAAGUGGCGAAAGGCAUGGAGUUCCUGGCCUCCAAAAAUUGUGUUCAUCGUGACCUCGCUGCCAGGAAUGUGCUGAUCUGUGAGGGCAAACUAGUGAAGAUCUGUGACUUUGGGCUGGCAAGAGACAUCAUGCAUGACUCCAACUACAUCUCGAAAGGCAGUACUUUUCUGCCCCUCAAGUGGAUGGCACCAGAAAGUAUUUUCCACAAUCUGUACACAACCCUGAGCGAUGUGUGGUCUUACGGAAUUCUUCUUUGGGAAAUUUUCACACUGGGAGGAACUCCAUACCCGGACCUACCAAUGAAUGAGAUGUUCUACAGUGCUCUGAAGAGAGGCUAUAGAAUGGCCAAGCCUGCACACGCCUCUGAUGAAGUCUACGAGAUAAUGAAGAAGUGCUGGGACGAGAAGUUUGAGAAGAGACCCGAGUUCUCCUUUUUAGUUCACAGCAUGGGCAACAUGCUGACUGAAAGUUAUAAAAAGAAAUACAGCCAAGUCAAUGAAAAUUUUCUGAAGAGCGACCACCCGGCUGUCGCCCGCACUAAGCCCCGCCUCACCUCUCCUUUCGCGGGAGCAACCCCGACUUUCAGCACCCCCUCCUCAGUCGCCCUUUCCUUCAGUCCAGAGCAUCGCAGUCAGGGUUCAAGCCCGGUUAACUCUCAGGAUGUCAUCCCUUUGUACAACGACUACAUCAUACCCAUCCCGGACCCCAAGCCUGAGGACGUCUUCAAUGGCAUGGAGUCGGAAAGCCCUGCAAGCUCUGUGGCUCUGGAAGAGGAGACGGACUCAAUGUCGCAGGACACGGCAGAUACGCUUCCAGAAGAAGACCGGCUGGAGAGGACCAGCGAGAGAGACGCGCUACUGGGAUUCUCGGGGACGCCAGAGGUAGAGGACAGCUUUCUGUAG